AUGUCCGGCUUCGACCUCAACCAGAUUGGCAAUAUGGCCCAGGGCUUCCUGAACAACAACAACCAGCAACAGCAGGGUGAGAACAACAACAACAACAACAACAACAACAACUUUGGCAACAAUGACGAGAACCGAAACAACAACCAGCACCAGGGCGGUGGAAACGGCGGCGGUUUUGACUUCAGCCAGCUCAUCAACCUCGCACAGGGCAACAGCUCGGGCAACCACGACAGCUCGCUCUUCUCUCAGGCUGCUUCGUUCUUGCAGAACCAGGGUGACAACCAGAACGUCGACGAGCGGAGGCUACUCCAGGACCACGACGAGGUCAACAACCAGUCAGGCUCCAACUCGUCUGGCCAGAUCGGUAACGCUGCUGCCCUCUCUGCUAUCAAGUCAGUGCUUGGCGGUGGUGGAAACAACAACAACUCUGGUGGAGGAGAUUUCAAGUCAAAGCUUAUCAGUGCUGCUAUGAGCCACGCCGCUGAUCUUUACGACCAAAAGGACGGUCAGGGUCAGGCCCAGGGCAACAAGCAGGAUGCUGUCAACCAGGCUGCUCAGAUGGCCAUGUCGCUUGCCAUGAAGAACCCUUCGAUGCUUGCAGGUCUCAUUGGUGGCGGCAACUCGGGUGGUCUGGGUGCCCUUGCUAGCAUGCUCGGCAAGUAA